AUGUCGCUCUUGGACCCCUUCUUCCUGGAGAAGGGACCUGGUCUUCAGGCCUCCUGGGGAUCCUGUGACCACAGCUGCUCCCGGCUUCCUGGCCCAGCUUCCAAGAAUUAUGUCUCUCGUUCCAGGUUCAUGAACCACCGAGUCCCCGCCCACAAGAGGUACCAGCCCACCGAGUAUGAACAUGCAGCCAACUGUGCCACCCAUGCUCUCUGGAUCAUUCCCAGCAUCCUCGGCAGCUCCAACCUCUACUUCCUGUCGGAUGACGACUGGGAGACCAUCUCUGCCUGGAUCUACGGCCUCGGCCUCUGUGGGCUGUUCGUGGUGUCCACCGUGUUCCACACGAUCUCCUGGAAGAAGAGACACCUCAGGAUGGUGGAACGUUGCCUGCACAUGUUCGACCGCAUGGUCAUCUACUUCUUCAUAGCGGCCUCCUACGCGCCCUGGUUGAACCUUCGGGAGCUGGGCCCCUGGGCCUCGCAUAUGCGUUGGCUGGUCUGGAUCAUGGCCUCUGUGGGCACCGUCUAUGUCUUCUUCUUCCAUGAGCGGUACAAGCUCGUGGAGCUGCUCUGCUAUGUUAUCAUGGGCUUCUUCCCCGCCCUGGUCAUCCUCUCAAUGCCCAACACCGAGGGCAUUUGGGAGCUGAUGACCGGAGGGGUCUUCUACUGCUUGGGCAUGGUGUUCUUCAAGAGUGACGGGAGGAUCCCCUUUGCCCACGCCAUCUGGCAUCUCUUUGUGGCAUUUGGUGCUGGCACCCACUACUAUGCCAUCUGGAGGUACCUCUAUCUGCCCAGCACCCUGCAGACCAAGGUGUCCAAAUGAGGUGGCCCAGACUGCACGGGGCAGAGCAUCAUGGGAAGUGUUUCUGUGAACGUUGGUCCAGAGCACAGCGCCCAGGCCCGUCUGCGUGUCCACGGGCAGAGCUUUUGAUGGGUCUGAGGCUACUUCUGGUUGGUAACAGCCAGAACGUCCUUAGGGUCCCAGGUGAGAAAGAACACAUUUAGUCAUAUUUACAGAGGAGAAGUUAACCCUGUAAUGUGUUUCUAUUCUAGGCAAGCGUUUCCUAAUACAGACAACAUUAAUGUCUUCAGAAAAGGGAGCAGACAUUGUCCUGGCAAACUGGGGGGGACCCUGGGCCAAUAUGUGCUCCUUAAGGUCCUCAGAAAUCUGUUAGGGAGUCAGUGGGUUGUUUGUACCCGGCCGGCCAGGGCCUCCUCUGCUACCAAAGUCCUGGCUGGGGAAUCGCGCCCUGUUCAGGGAGUCACCCAGCUUUACAUCAGGGAUGGUGAAUACCUGUGACCACAGCAGACAUUACCAAUCAACUGCAGCAUGGUGCGGCAUCAGAAUUCUCCUCCAGGCGGUGCUCAGGGCAGCUCAGCACUCCUGAUGGCGCCUCUUAGCCUUUCUUGCCUGACGUGCUCUGCGCUGGGGUCGUGGCCAGACCAGUUAAAUGUCUGUCUCCAGGCGGGGGAGCGUGCUUGCCUCCUGCACUCCUUCUCCCUUGUCCCUUUCGGGGGAAGCCCCUGGAGUGGGCGGUCUGGGGCAGUAAGGGGAAACUAAGGCAGGCAACCUGAGCAUACCUGACCUUGUGCUCCACUGUCGCUGGUUCUCGGUGCAGAGAACCUCGGGGCAGACGUUCUCUUCUUAUGCUGACAAACCCAGAG